UUGACAAUGCUACAGGGCAGCACCCCUCCCUUCGCACGGUUGGACUCUCGCUUCGCCGACGCGACCCCAGAUUGCGUGUGUCUACAUGUGGAUGCCAUUUCCCCUCGCCGGUCAAAAAGACAAUCGCCGCGGCCGGGGUCGGCCCCGGGGUGGGGGGGUAUGGUAGUCGAUGGCUGCACCGUCAUGACUCGGGUGAUCGAUAAUCUUUGAUUACCUGUCCCAAGGGGUCGCUUGACCCUAAUGGACGUUGAAACAGCAACUGCUCGAUCGAAGGAGGAGAAGGAGAUGCUGUGUAGAAAAGUCACCCCAACCCGAUUGCGACAUGAAAACGGGAUAAACGGCCUCUGGACAUCGGCUAUUGAACGUCUCCAAUCAAGCUCUAGGAUUCCGCGCGUCGACGUACGAGGGAAAAAGCAUGCCGGCAUUUGACAAAACCCUGUGGAGAGACAGCCCAAGCCGUUAAGUGAAGUACCCCAAGAUUCCGUCGCUUGGCGCUCAGAUUGGUGCACCAUGAGCACGCCUCCAGACCAGGCCCGAGAUUCAGAGAAGAGGCAGGCCACGCAGAUGACAAACACGCCAGUUCGGUCAGGCUCAGAUCUGGAGAAGAGCGGGAGCCCCCCGUCCGUGUUCCAACCGUCGUCGUCGUCGGAUGACAACCGAUCCAGAGUGGCACAGGACAAGGACACGGACCCGGACCCGGAUGCCGGAGACGGGCCCGAUGUCAACGCCGCCGACGCCGCCACUAUCGCGGGCCAGGCUCUCAGCCGAACGACGUCGAGGUCGAGCAUUACGCCAGCGCCGCCUCCCGACGGAGGCGUGACUGCCUGGAUGGCUAGUAAGGUUGCCGCGACACGAACCGAUGAAACUGCGAGUCUGACUUUCUGGACUAUAGUUUUCAGCGCCCACCUGGUUAUCAUGAAUACCUGGGGCAUAGUUAACUCCUUCGGUGUCUUCCAAUCCUACUACACGACCCUCCUUUCCCGCCCGCCAUCCGACAUCGCCUGGAUCGGCUCCUUCGAGGUCUUCCUCCUCUUCUUCAUCAGCACCUUUAGCGGCCGCCUCACCGACGCCGGCUAUUUCCGAACGCUCUUUGCCGCCGGCUUCCUCCUCGUCUCCCUCGGCAUGCUCGCCACCUCCUUCUGCACCCAGUACUGGCAGUUCUUCCUCGCCCAGGGCAUCUGCCUGGGCAUCGGCAACGGGUGCCUGUUCUGCCCGGCGCUGUCGACGGCGUCGACCUACUUCGACAAGAGGAGGGGCCUGGCGCUGGGCUUCGUAUCGAUCGGCAGCUCGACGGGCGGCUUGAUCUAUCCAACCAUGGUGAGGCAGCUGCUCCCGUCCAUUGGGUUCGGGUGGACGAUCCGCGCCAUCGCGUUUGUGCAGAUGGGCACGCUGAUGAUCGCUUUCGUGUUCCUGCGGCCGAGGGUGAAGCCGAGGAAGGCCGGGAGCAUCGUUGAGUGGGCGGCGUUCAAAGAGUUGGAGUACACGUUCUACGCCAUCGGAUCUUUCUUGAAUUACCUCGGCGUCUUUUUCGCCUUUUACUACCUUGCCUCCUACACCCGCGACAUUAUCGGGUUGAGCUACAACCCCUCUCUCAACCUCUUGCUCGUCCUCAACGGCGUGGGCGUGCCAGGCCGCAUCUUACCUGGCUACAUCGCCGACCGCGUCGGCUCUAUCAACACUCUUAUUCCCAUGUCUUUCAUCUCCGGCUUGCUCAUGUACUGCUGGGUCGCCGUCUCCUCCACGUCGGGCCUCUACACGUGGACGCCCUUCUAUGGCCUCGCCGCUAGCGCCAUCCAAAGCUUGUUCCCCUCCGCCCUGAGCCAGCUGACGAGCGACCCGCGAAAGCAGGGGACGAGGAUGGGUAUGACAUUUACCAUUGUCAGCUUUGCCGUGUUGACGGGUCCGCCGAUUGCCGGUGCUAUCAUUUCGGCCGAUGGCGGCAGGUAUGUCGGAGCGCAGGUCUACGCGGGGACGUGCUUGCUUGCCGGCAUGUGUUUCUGGAUUGCCGCAAGGGUGGUGAAGACGAGAAAGGCCGGUGGAGGGCUCUGGUUCAAAACGUGAGAGGGUUGUCGUUGCUGCGUUAGUGUACUUUCGCGGACAGACCAGCGUUGCUUAUUUGUUGACUGCUCGACACGAGCAGCUUUUGGCGUUUGCGUAGGCUCGAUACAGCCCUAAUUUAAUAGAC